UGGGGUCAGACUCCAAACACUCGUGUUUUUCUUUAUAAUUCCUUCCGCCCAAAAUUAAGUAAUCGGAAGAAGGUCGAUCCUCCCUGCGCGCAAGCGACACCGGAGAGAGAGAGAGAGAUGGGAGGAACCUUGGUAUGUGGUCUUUCAUGGCGGCAUCUGGUGCUUUCCGCUUCGAUUUUCCUGCUGUUCGUGUUAGGCCUUUCUGAUGACUCAAAGAGUUCAAGCACCGGAGCAAAGCCUGAAUCCCGUACUUCAUCCAGCAAAACAGGGACAAAGGUGAUCAUCAUACUGAUUGGAAUUGUAGCUGUGGUGUUGUUAUCGUUCUUCAUGUAUAAGAUGUGGCAGAAGAAGAGAAGAGAUGAGCAGUAUGCUCAGCUUUUGAAGUUGUUCGAAGAGGAUGAUGAACUGGAGGUAGAACUGGGCCUCCGUGGUUAGGAACAUGCGUUAUCUGUAAUCAUAUGGAUAUACAAUGCCUGAGGUGUGCUUUUAGGGUUAUCAAAAGGGUAUAUACUACACACGCACGUAGAUGGACACAUACGACGGGGGUUUGGGUCAACCAUUACUAUACUUUGACGGGUAAAUGAAACUGUUCUAAACCCCAUUACUAUUCUUCAACGAUUUCUAAACCAUUUGGAUUUAGACUGAUACUCCAUUUUUUGUAAUGAAUUAUUCUUAAUUUUCCUCUGUAUUUGUUUGUUGUAAAAUCAAUAAAUGUACAUAUUUGUUAA